CAAGUUGAUAGACACAACGUUAGAGCUUCAGUCUACACCUGGAGAACGGGAGCGCUGCCACAACAGACCUCGCCAUGCGGUUCAACACUCUGUUCUUCCUGCUGAUCCUUUCCUGCGUCUGUCUGGCAUUGGCACAAGUGUCCUAUGAUAACUGCUGUUUAAAGUAUGUGAGAUCAAUGAGCCCCGGUGCUCAAAAACACGCAGUGAAGUACAGACAUCAGAAGACAGAUGGAGGCUGCAACAUCCCAGCUGUAAUCUUCACCAUGAGGAGGGGCCGUAUCCUCUGCACAGACCCAAAAGAAACGUGGGUAAAUGACCUGAUGAAAAAAAUUGACGAGAGACCAGAGAAGCUCAGUGAUAUGCGACGUCGACGACAUUCACGGAGAGGCUGAGGGCAGCUGCCAGCUAACAUUGGCCCCCGUUCAUCUUUCUGCCAUCUGCUAUCUUAUAAACGAGCAACGUGUGGUUUUAUGGUGGUUUUUAUGGUGUCUUACGGGAGGCAGUUGUGGAAGCCUGCCAAGAAAUCUUGUAGCAUUACUUUUGCUUUCACUCUGUGCAAAUAUAAGGGUCAAAUGCUUAAAGUUUCACUUUGCUCUUUUUGGGUUGGACUCUUCGAGCUAAAUGGCCACAGAAGAAUUAAUAUCAAUGCAUGGCUGGAAAUAUUUCAAUGAAUUCACUGAAAAUAUUCGCUACUGUUUCUUGCCUUUUAAGACAUGAGAUAUUCAACAAGCUGCUUAAUAAUCUAAAUUGUCAUUGAGUGUAAAUGUUGUACUAUUUAGAAUAGCUGGCUCUUAUGUAAUGUGUCCAGAUGUCUUUCAAAUUCAAGUCUUUAAUUACUUUUUGAAAUCAGCAAAAAUAAAAUAGUCAUAAUUUUGUCCAUGUUUUAAAUGUUAAUCUUUUCAUAUAUUUUCAUGUAUUUAGUUUGCACGUUUUACUACAGUAUAUGUACUCAAAUAAACAUAACUUUUUGUAUCAUGGUCA